AGAUGAAGCUCUACCUGAGCACUGGUGUGAGGAUGAAUACACUUCUCUUCGUGUGUGGCUGCUUUUAUUUUACUUUCACUGGAGCCUCUGAAACGGAGCGAAGGCUUCAUCAGAAGCUAUUUGAAAACUACAACAUGAAAGUGAGACCAGCUCGUUACUGGCAGGAGAAGGUGACGGUGCGGGUGGGGAUGACCCUCUCCCAGCUUGUCAGCUUGAAUGAGAAGAACGGCGAGAUGACGACCAACGUGUUCAUGAAUCUGGCAUGGACAGACUACAGGCUGUCCUGGAACCCAGCAGAAUAUGACAACAUCAAUGUUCUGAGAAUUCCUCCCAACAAGGUGUGGCGUCCCGACAUCUACCUCAUAAACAAUAAUGAUGGUCAGUUUGACGUGGCGCUGUACGUCAACGUCUUGGUUUACAGUAACGGGACUGUUAACUGGCUUCCUCCUGCCAUCUACCGCAGUUCCUGUUCUAUAGAGGUGGCAUACUUCCCAUUUGACUGGCAAAACUGCAGCAUGAUUUUCCGCUCAUACACCUAUGACGCCUCUGAGGUCGACCUGCAGUACUUUCUGGAUGAUGAUGGCAAAGAGAUCCAUGAAAUUGUUAUAGAUGAGAACGCCUUCACUGAGAAUGGCGAAUGGGCCAUUUGUCACAAACCAACGAGAAAGAACGUUAAGGAGGACCUGUAUGAGGACAUCACCUUCUAUCUCAUCAUAGAGAGGAAGCCUCUUUUCUACAUCAUCAACAUCAUCAUGCCCUGUAUCCUCACCAGCGUGUUAGCUAUAUUUGUGUUCUACCUGCCUCCUGGAGCAGGAGAGAAAAUGACUCUUUCCAUCUCUGUCCUCAUUGCUCUGACUGUCUUCAUGCUGCUGCUGGCUGACAAGGUCCCGGAGACUUCCCUCGGCAUCCCAAUUAUUGUCAACUAUGUCAUGUUCACUAUGAUCUUGGUGACCUUCUCUGUCAUCCUGAGCGUGGUAGUCCUUAACCUGCACCACCGAACACCCAGCACACACAUUAUGCCAAACUGGGUCCGAAAGGUGUUCAUUCACUUCCUGCCUAAAUACAUCGGCAUGAUGAGGCCGAAACCAGAGGAACCCUUGUUGGAAGAGGAGUGUGCUGGUGACACACCCAUACAGAGCUACAAUGGGCGACAGCCUGGAGGGGAGUAUUUCAUUCGCAAGAUCAACCCUGAUCUUGUCUUCCCUUGGCGAGGCAGGUGUGAGAGCACAGUGCAGCUCCAGAGGGUCCCAAACACGGACAGUUUCUGCCUGAUCCUCCCUCCCAAUCUGAAGUCAGCCAUCGCUGCUGUGACAUACAUGGCCGAGCAGCUGAAGAAGCAGGACACGGAUGACUCGUUGACAGGAGACUGGCAGUUCAUCGCCCUGGUGGUGGAUCGUCUCUUCUUGUGGUUGUUUGUCAUCAUCACCACCCUGGGAACCCUGGCUAUGUUCCUGGAUGCCAGUUUCAAUUAUACGCCUGACAGCCCCUUCCCAUAGUGGACUACAUAGACACACACAGCUGGAGCUUGAUUCAUUGUGUGGUUGUUACUUCACUUCUACUUCUUGUUGGUGCUUUCUGAGAUCACCAGAUCUGACUUUCCAUUGUAUCUAUUCCAUAGGUGUGUGGUCAGCCUCUGAAAUGCCGUGUAAGGUCACAUUUACUUAACCAGUCGAAGCACACCAAUGAUGUCAUGUGAUAGAAAUAGUGUAUGUAAAACACUGAUUUGUCUAAAUGAUCUAAAUGACUGUGUAACAAUUUGUGAUCUUUGCUUUAGUCUAACACUUGAAAUAUAUAUAUAUAUUUUGACAGUAACACUGUUACUGUUGUGUUUAGCAUACGUUGUAGUUUGUGUUUGACUCUGUUGCCCUUUGACGUGUAACAGUGGUCAGAUCCUGUGACUGUAAUACUGGAUUUUUGGCAGUAGAGGGCAGUGACAUAAUGCUCAAAGAUGCAGUCACUGCUGAUG